AUGCCCUCGACAUCGAUUCCGAAGCAAGAAGAAAGGAAUUGGCUGGAUCUCCCAUCCGAUGUAACGGCCAAUAUACUUAACAGGAUUGGUAUGGUUGACAUACUUGAGAACGCGCAGAAAGUGUGCACUGCUUGGCGUAAGAUUUGCAAGGACCCUCCCAUGUGGAGGGUUAUCAAUAUGAACGACAUACCAAUAUUUGGUGCAAAACUUUCACGUGUUGAAAUGUGUGAGCAUGCUGUGGAUAGAAGCCAAGGCCAGUUAGUUGAUAUCACCAUUGUUUUUCUUUAUGAUGCUGAACUUCUUCUAUAUGUUGCUGAUAGAUCAAGUCAGCUCAGACGGCUUGAAAUGGCACAUAAAUUUUUCAUUGGAAAGUUGAUUUCAGUUGCUUUGAUGAAAUUUCCGUUGUUGGAGGAACUAAACCUUUACGAGAUAACAAUCUCAAAAGAAGAGAUUGAAACUGUUGGCCGUUAUUGCCCCAUGCUAAAAACAUUCAAAGUGAAUAAAAGAGGAUAUGAAGGGUCUUUAACGAGAUAUAAUGAGAUAGCCAUAGCUAUUGGACAAAACCUGCCUGGGAUAAGGCACCUUGAACUCAUUGGAAACAGGAUGACCAAUGUUGGGUUGCGUGUGAUUCUCGAUAACUGUCAUCACCUUGAAACACUUGACUUGCGUGAAUGCUUUUACAUUGAUCUUAAGGGAGAUCUAGGGAAACAAUGUUCUAAACAGAUUAAAUAUCUUAAACUUCCCAAUGAUUCUCUUGAAGACUACCCUUAUAUUUAUGCAAUAGAGAGUGAGUAUUAUGAGGAUAACUAUUACUACGCUGAUCCCUAUGAUACUUAA